AUGAUAAAUAUAAAGAAUGAUAAAUUAUAUAAUAUGAUGUUUAAUAAAUAUGUAUAUGACCCGAGAUAUUUCCCUCCUUUUUCAAGUCAAUUUCAACAAUUAUAUAAUAGCUCAUAUAUUAUACAUAAUAAUUUAUGUUCACCAAUAUAUUUAAAUCCUCAGCAACAAUUAUAUACGUGUGGAGCAUCUCAGAUUUAUAGUUACCCAAAUUUUUAUCAAAAUAUGGUGCAACAACAAAUAUUAAUAGAACAACAAAAACAAUUAAUAGAAAGCCAAAUACAACUCCAAAGACAAUUACAUAAAUUACAUUCUGCAACUCUUAAUGAAAAACAAACUUCAUUUUCAAUUUCUCAAAUACAACAUGAUAAUAAUGCAACAUAUGUAGUAAAAACAUCUACUAAUAAUAUAUCUUAUGAGGAUAGUAUUAUACAAUGUAAUAUGAUAAAUCCAAAUAUUAAUAUUGAUACAGAGUACCGAGAUGAAUCUGAAAUUGAAGUAAUAAUUAGAAAUGAUGACCAAUAUGUACAGUUAGAAGUAUUAGGUGAUGAAGAUUUGAAUGAUGAACAGAUUUCAUUUGAACCAGUAAGAUCUGAGAUAGUUGAGAUAAUUUUAGAUGAUAAUAUUUCAAUACAUUGUAAUGAAUUAGCUAAUAUGAAAGAUAAAAAAGCUGAGGAAUAUACUAAAGAAGGAAUUAUAGAAAAUAAUCAAUCAGUAGGAAUAACAGUUUCUAAAGUUGAGCUUAUUGAAGAGAUAAUUGAGCCAAUUUCAAACUUGUAUGAGUUAGUAAAUAGGCAACAGAGCGAAUUUGAACAAAAUGAAGAUAGUAAUAAUGAAUGUAAUUAUAAUAAUGAUAUUGAAAUUAAUAAUAAUCAUAAUAGUAUAAUUAAUGAAAUUAAAAGUGAUAAUAAAAACUAUGAAAAUAAUAAAAUAGAAGAAAAUGAAUCUAAACUAUUAAGAAAUAAAACAUGUGAAUCUAAUAAUAUAUCAAAUAAUUUAUUAUAUACUACAUCAAAAUUAAUAAAUAAAAGUAAUUGUGAAAAUACCAGUUUAGAUAGUAUUAACCAAAUCAAUUUAUUAAAUAAUAAUAAAGAUAUUAAAUUAUCAAAUUUGAAUUUAGAAGAUAAUACAUAUACUAAUAUAAAUUCUUUAAAUCCACAAGAUUUAGAUACUACUUUAACUCCUAUAGAAAAUAAUAUAAAGGCAAUUAAAGUUAAAGAUAAUGUUAAAGAAAAUAAUUUUAUUACGGAAAUAGAAUCAAAUAACGAAUCUAAUAUUGAGUCAGAUUGGGAAAAUAUUUGGGAAUCAUAUUAUAGUUCCAAAUCACCAAAUAUUAUAAAUGAUGAGACAGACUCUUUAUGUUAUAGUUUAUUAACAACAUCAAGGACUGAUAUUGAACAAGAUAAUCUAAAUCAAAAUGAAUUAAUUGAUUCAGAAAGAUAUCUUUAUAAAAUUACAAAUAAAUCUGAAAAAGAGAUUUUAUUUAAACUUUCUCAAUGUAGAGUAAUUAGUUCUAAAAUAAUGAGAAAUUCUUCAAUGAAUUCACCUAUUGAAAAUAAAUCAGAUGAGAUUAAUAAUGAAGUUAUAGAUUUCAAAGAUAUAUCAAAUAAAUUAUGUAGUAAAUCAAAUAAUAAUAUCUUUCUUGAUGAAAUGGAUUUAGGAUUUAGAUCUCUAAUUAAUAAUGGAUUAAAAUUAGAUAUAUCUGAAAUGGCUAAACCUAGGAUAAUAAGGAAAUAA